GCACCCUGACGGACCGGACCGGAACCAGUGGCGACAAAAACAGCCGCUCAGCUUGAAGGCGCGCCUCGCAGGGAAACACGUGAGAUCAGUGGACAUCCACAGCUGACACCACCGACACUCACAGUGUGUCCCAGAAAUCCAUCCUCAUAGCCUCCACCUUCUCGUGGCCUGCCUUGCGUGGGAUGCUGCAGAGUGUGAGAGCACGAGUGGAGAUUUGAUACCACUUGGCAACAGUAGCCCGUAUAAGAAGUGUGGUAUAUUCAGUCAUGGGGGAUUCGAUCUUCAACUGCUGUUAUGUUCCACCCCAUCCCCCAGGCGACAGAGAGGUCCCCAGGUCCAGACGCGAAGAGACCAUGACCUCCAACAUCCCCUCUGACAAGCGCUUCCUCAUCUUCUUCGACUUCGAUGAGACGAUCGUGGAUGAAACCAGUGAUGAUGUGGUGGUGCAGGCCGCCCCGGGUCAGCACCUCCCGGGCUGGCUGAAGGACACCUACCAGCCGGGUCGCUACAACGAGUACAUGCAGCGCGUACUGGCCUACCUGUCGGAGCAGGGUGUCACGGAGAGCGACAUGCGCACCGUCAUGGAGAAGAUACCGGCCACCCCUGGCAUGUCCACCCUCUUCCAGUUCCUGCGCACUCGCCCACAGACGGACUUUGAGGUGGUGCUCAUGUCAGACGCAAACACCUUCUUUAUUGAGUGUUGGCUGCGGCGCACGGGGGCGCGCCAGCUCUUCCACCGGAUCUUCAGCAACCCAGCCACCUUCAACAAGGACGGCCGGCUUGUGAUGAAGCCAUUCCACUCCCACGACUGCCCACGAUGCCCCAGCAACAUGUGCAAGCAGGUGGUGCUCAGGGACUACGUGGCCCGCAGGACGCAGGAGAGGGGCCGUCCGUACCAGAGGGUCUUCUAUGUGGGCGACGGGGCCAACGACUUCUGCCCGACGCUCGCCCUCGGGCCCCGAGACGUGGCUUUCCCUCGGAGGGAUUUCCCCAUGCACCGGCUGAUCACAGAGACCCAUGAGGCCGUGCCCGGGGAGUUCAAAGCGGUCACGGUGCCGUGGGCGAAUGCGGAGGAAGUGAUUCAAAGGCUUAGGAAGCACGUAGCAGAGUAGGGGGUCACACAGAGAGAUAGAAGGGGAAGUUUUGGGGGCAGAGGACUCCUUUAGGCAGAUUCUCAGGUAACCUGCUCCAAAUAAAAAAAUACAUAAAGGCAUUAAAAUCAUCUGCCUUGCCAUCAUGCACGUGCCUUCAGCAUCUCACGUUUUGGUCCAGAGGUCAGAGGUCACCAUCAGCUGCAGGUUAAUGAUUAUGGACCAAGUGAUAGUUCAAUUUAAGGAUAGAUAUUUAAAGGUUAGGGGUAUAAGAUUUGUGCGGUUACCUUCAGGGGGUCUUGAGUUGCUUCUAAACUGGGUGACCAUGAGAAUCAGUGAGUACUUUAAUAGCAAUAUUUAAAAUGCUAUGGACAGACAAGUGUGUUUCCUUCCAACCGCACUUUAAAGAUAUUGUGAAAUUGGAGUCUCAGUAAAUGAAACCAGACCAACACUGCCAUCUGAUGGAGAAGGGCAUUUUAAAAAUCUGCAAUAUGUUGAUCAACAGGAUUCUCAGAAUAUGUCUUGUAAAGAUAAAUGUCAUUACUUUGUUGUAGCAGUGUGUUUGUUUGUUCUACUUGUCUGUCAGUCUGUUGCGUCCUUGCUGUGUGGGCCAGGCCCACCACAGAAUUUACACCAGCAGGAAUAAAGCCAUCAACUGAAA